AAGGCCCAACCCUUCUGCCCCACCCUCUUUCUCGUUCUGAAAACACUAACUCCUCCUCCACUGCCUCUCAGCAACAAGCUUCUGUAAGAGAAGAGAUGGCGAAGUCAAAGAAUCACACGGCUCACAACCAGUCACACAAGGCCCACAGGAACGGGAUUAAGAAGCCCCGAAAGCACCGCCACACUUCCACCAAAGGGAUGGAUCCGAAGUUUUUGAGGAACCAGAGGUACGCAAGGAAGCACAACAAGAAGAGCGGUGAAUCUGCCACCGAAGAAGAGUAGACUAUGCACAUCUACCUCUGAAUAUCAAAAUGGCAUUCGUAUCAGUGUUUUGAUCUCUGUUUAGGUUUUUGAUUUUAUGUUUUACUUCCAGCUGCUGGAAGUAUAUUAAUGUGACGUUGAGCAAGUAAUUUUCUUGGUUAUGGAACUAUUUUAAUAUCAAAUUCUACUGUGGGUUGAACUUAAUUUGUUAUCAUAAGUAUACUUCGUUGUUAUUUUCUGAAAUGCUAUUGUUUAUGUUCUGGAUUAACUUUGAAGCUCUUCUUGUUACUGGUGGUUUUGAAUCUAAUGCUUAUUCUAUUUCAAUGGUUAUUGUUUUCGAUUACCUAGUCAUGACAAGCAUGUUCAUGUGUCGUUGUGUUGAAAACUGUCGCCCCUAAUAUAAGCAAUUUCAGUCUCUAUAAAGUCACACUGUAUGGCUCGUUGAUAGUGAUCAAUAUGUUGUGAUCCCAGCUGCUGGAAGUAUAGCACUGUGACUUUGAGAAAGUAA